GCCAAAGCGCUUAGUUUCGAGUCAAACAGAUCGCGUGUUUUCCCCCGAACGGACGUCUCCAUCUGACCAUACGCCUUGGUACCCAGAUCUCUAAGCCAGCCAGCCAGCCAGCCAGCCAAAAUGAAGACCGGACAGAAGCUGAGGGUAGCUCUCUACGUGUUGUUCGGCCUGUCGAGCCUCUAUCUGUUUGUGCUGUCCUGCAUGUGCGACUACCGCCUGGUGGUGGCCAGGGAGCAUGUCCGCUUCCGCCAGGAGAUGCCCACCAUGGACAGCUGGGUGAACUCUCCGUUUGGUAAGCUCAAGAGCUACAUGUUCAACGUGACGAACGCUGCCGAGUUCGAAAGCGGGCGCGACAAGCGGCUGAAAGUGGCCCAGAUCGGACCGAUCGUCUACAAAAUCGUGGGCUUCAACGACGUCCUCAGUCGCAACGAGGCCAGUGUGACGUACCGAAAGAAUCGCUACCGGCAUGUGCAGUUCCUGCCCGAGGAGAGCGUCGCCCCCGAUGUCCUCAACUGGACGAUCAUAUCGCCCAACAACGUGCUACUGGGGGCGGCGGCCAAAUUCAGCCACGUGUCGCCGCUAUCGAGGCUGGGCUUCGAUACCAUCACCAGGUUCGAGGACCUUUUCAUCAGAGGCUCCGUCUACUACUUCCUCUGGGAGUUCACGCGUCCCUCCCUGCAGCUGGUCUCCAACCUACUGCCCUUCGCGGUGUCCGCCAACUGCGGGCCGCUGUACAAUGCUCUCAAGGACAAGGAGGAGGUGUACACGGUGAACAUUGGUCCGGAGCAGGGCAUCGAUAACUUCUUCCGCAUCGAGACGCUCAACGGGGAGCAAAUCAUCAAAGAGCAGGUGCCGCGCAGCGAGAAGUGGUCCGACGACUCCUGCCCCUACAACGUGAGCGGCGCUCACGACAACUCGCUCUUCCCGCCCUUCCUGCAGCCAGACACACCGCUGAAUAUCGUUGCCAUCGAGUCCUGCCGCGUCCUGCCCCUCAUCUAUCAGCGUCCGCAGCGCUACGCCGGUCUCGACACCUACCGCUACCUGCUGCUGCAGCCGGACAAGGAGCCCCCACCGUGCAUGGACACCACCUACGGAUCCAAGCUGCACAAAGGGAUGUUCGACGUCUCCAAGUGUGUGAUAAAUGAUGCCCCAUCGGCGUUCUCGGCGCCCCACUUCUAUGGCAGCAGCUACAACUGGAGCGAGCACUACGAGGGCUACAAUCCGAAUGCCGAGGAGCACGAGCCAUACAUGCUGAUGGAGCCCACCACAGGCAUACCUGUCAACGAGAAGUACCGCUUCCAGUCGAACAUACCCAUUCCGAAUCUCUCCUCCUACAGCCCGAGACUGAGCAAGUUUAGCAACAUGCUGCUGCCCACCUUCUGGUAUGAGUUUGAAAUGGGUGAGCUGCCCGACUUUGUGCUUGGGCUGAUGUGGAUCAAUUCGAAGGUGCUGCCCCACGCGCAGGCGCCUUGCAUGGCUCUCCUGCUGCUGCUCGCCCUGUGGAGCGCCCUUAAAGUGAUCCGUGUGGCCUGGGGCGAUCUCAGUUACGUGGAUCUCUAUCGCAAGAUCUGCGGCCGCGGCUCCACAAACGCCUGCCUUGAAACGGUGUUUCCGACAACCGAUCGCCACCUUACGCAAUGCGGCCAAGACUCUGAUGAGGCUGUCAAAUAGUCUCUGAUUUAGGCGAUGAUUGAGAUGCGACUGCUGGACUAGUGUACAUACAAUAUACAUACAUACAUACAUACAUACAUACAUAGAAAUACUUAUAGUUUUAGGCUAGAGGUGCGGUCGGCUUGCCGCUCCUGAUGCUGCCACUGCACUUAUCA